AGAAGUUAUUUUCUUGUUUUUGAGAGGAGGAUCAAGAGGGAAAGAAAAAACAAAUCAAGUAAGAAAAAAAAAAAAAAAAAGGAAAUGGAGAAUUCGACCACCCAAGAAUCCCUUCUCGGAUCAGAAAACUUCUUCACUUACGACUCGCCGUACCCAAUCUAUGCCAUGGCCUUCUCUCCAUCUCCCUCCUCCGACAAAACUCACCGCAUCGCCGUCGGUAGCUUCUUGGAAGAGUACAACAACAAAGUAGACAUCAUCUCCUUCGACGAUGAAACCCUAACUUUCAGAACCGAUCCCAAUCUCUCCUUCGACCACCCUUAUCCCCCUACCAAGCUCAUGUUCAACCCAACCGGUGCCAAAUCCCUCCGAAAAUCUUCCGAGCUCCUCGCCUCCUCUGGGGAUUAUCUUCGCCUCUGGGAAGUUCGUGAGAAUUCAAUUGAGCCCAGAUCGGUUUUUAACAACAGCAAGACCAGCGAGUUCUGCGCCCCUCUGACUUCGUUCGAUUGGAACGAAUCGGAGCCCCGGAGGAUUGGCACUUCGAGCAUAGAUACCACAUGCACGAUUUGGGAUGUUGAAAGAGGCGUCGUUGAAACGCAGCUUAUCGCGCAUGAUAAGGAGGUCUAUGACAUCGCCUGGGGUGAAGCUGGAGUGUUUGCUUCAGUCUCCGCUGAUGGGUCAGUUCGGAUUUUUGAUUUGAGAGAUAAGGAGCACUCUACGAUUAUCUACGAAAGUCCUCAGCCCGAUACCCCGUUGCUUAGAUUGGCGUGGAACAAGCAGGACUUGAGGUACAUGGCCACCAUCUUAAUGGAUAGCAACAAGGUGGUGAUUUUGGAUAUUCGUUCGCCCACCAUGCCGGUAGCUGAGUUGGAGAGGCACCUGGGGAGCGUGAAUGCGAUUGCGUGGGCACCUCAGAGUUGCCGCCACAUCUGCUCUGCGGGGGAUGAUACGCAGGCUCUCAUUUGGGAGCUGCCCACAGUUGCCGGUCCAAGUGGUAUUGAUCCCAUUCUGUCAUAUUCGGCAGGUUCAGAAAUUAACCAACUGCAGUGGUCGGCUGCACAGCCUGACUGGAUCGCAAUUUCGUUCGCCUCUAAAAUGCAGCUGCUGAAGGUUUGAGAUUCGUUGAUGGUCUGAUAUGGUGAGGAUUAUUCUACAACCCUCUUGGGUGUGUUCAGGGUCGAGUAUGCUUUGGACAAGCACUAUGAACAGUGAUCGUUAGUUCGAAGAAGCAUUCAUCAGUGACUACGGGUUUAAUGUACCCUUGAUUCGUCAGUAACUGCAUGCUUCUCUCCUUAUUCAAUUGGAUUUCAGGAUUCGCGCAGUCUUGCUGCAAGUGUUUCAGGUGUGCACCUGAUAUUGUGCUGGCAGAUUGUAUCAGAGGGGUUA